AAUACUUGUAAAUCCGCGGGUUAAUCUCUAAAAAUGUUUACCUUAACAAGCCUGCUAAUAUUCUUGUUUGGCUGUGCAGCUAUAUUGCUGCUUAUUUUCUUCUCCUUUUAUUGCUUUUUUAUCAUGUACGAUAUCAUUCCACCCAUGAGGGUUCCCAGGCCUAUCAAGAGAUCCUUUGGACGAGAGACAGAAUUCAUGGAAGAUCAAUCAAUUCGCCCUUUCAAGUUGGUUUACUGCGAGAACGAGUUUGAAAAGAUAAAGAACAAAAUAAAAAUGGAUCUUGGUAAUUUGUUAUUCAAUAGCAUGGGUAGCCUGCACCCUAUAUCUUCAGAAGAAGUAUGCUAUGGAAUGAACAUCAACUAUAUAAAGGAUGUAGCAGACUACUGGGUUAACAAGUUUGAUUGGCAGAGACAUGUGAACACAUUAAACUUUUCCCGCCAGUUUGUUACUCAGAUAUCUGGCCUGGAUAUUCAUUUUAUUCAUGUUAAACCUCCUCAAGUCAUUUCAGCAUCUAUCACAGCCUAUCCUAUACUUCUUCUUCAUAGUUUUCCUACAUCAGGUAUCCAGUAUACAGCGUAUGAAUUUAGUUCACUGAUUCCGCUGCUAGUUACUAACAAUGGAUCUCGUAUUAUUUUUGAAGUUGUAGCACCUACUCUUCCAGGUCAUGGUUGGAGUGAGGCAGCAAGCGAGGCUGGGCUAGAUGGUUGUCAAGCAGGAUUUAUAAUGCAUGAAUUAAUGACUCGGCUUGGAUAUACUAAAUACUUUAUACAUGGUGGAGGCCCAGGGGGUCUAGUUGCAGAACAGAUUGCAGCAAUACAUCCAGAGUAA